UCCCCCCCUCCCUCCUCCCUCCCUCCUCCCUCUCCAGUGGAUACGGUGGAAGGAGAGCUGCUCCCCCUCCGCGGCGUUCAUCGAAAGCAAUCCGGCGCCUAUCUCUGCAUCGCUUCCAAUGAGGUGCCCCCCGCCGUCUCCAAGAGGAUCCUCCUCACAGUCAACUUCCCGGCGGAGAUCAAAGAGGAUGCUCAAGUCGUGUCGGUGAGGAGGGGGUCGCCGUUGACGCUCAAGUGCACCGUUGAAGCGUCGCCGCAGACGGUCAAUUAUUGGCUCAGGAACAGCUCGGAGAUCCUCAUCGCCAGCGAAAGGUACAGAAUCGAGGAGAGACGCGAGGGCUACCGAUCGGAAAUGUUCCUCACAAUCCGGGAAUUCCAGGCGCAGGACGAAGCGCUUUAUUCCUGCGCGGCGGCCAAUUCCCUGGGAGAAGUGAGGGGAAACAUCUCUGUGCGGGAGGCGAAUUGGCUGGGGAAAGAUCACGCGCUCGAAGUUUCCAAUCGCUCGCAUUUCCCAGAUUCCACGUCGAGCAGCUGGGGAGUGGCGAAAAACGGCUCAUCGAGACCAGCCCGACUCAUCCGGCUCAUCUGGCUCAUCCGGCUGAUCCCGGUCUUCGCCACCUGUCUUCACCGGCUCCGCUGAUUGCAGUACAAAAAUAAAAAGUGCAAUAAGCGGAAGAGAGAAACGACGACAGAGGGACAAAGUGCACAUGACGCAUAUCAGCUGAGAUAUGAAGGAGCCUGGAUACAUCUCAAAUUCAAUAAAGAUCCUUUGGUUGCCGG